AUGAGGGGAGGUAGCAGACACCUCAAUAAUGAGGAGGAUGUCAGUGGAUGUGAGGACUGUAUUAUCAUCAGUGGGACCUGCAGUGACCAGUCUUCAGACCCCAAGACUGUUCCUUUGAUCCAAGUCUUGGAGGCAUUCUGCACAGUGGAGAGCAGAGGAUGCAGAACAAGCUCACAACCACCGAAGAGGACUAGUUACGUUCAGGACCUCACAGGAGAUGGAGAUGAAGAUAGGGAUGGUGAGGUGGGGGGCAGCAGUGGCUCUGGCACUCCAGUGAUGCCCCAAUUCCUCUGCGAGACCAGGAUACCCUCUAAAGCCCCAGCAGUAAGUCCCCUCCUGCUGAGCCCAGGCUCCUCCCGCCGCUCACAGACCAGCAUAGAAAAUGAGGCUAAGUCCCUCAGUUGGCAAGCAAACACUUCAGCAAGCACACCCUGGCUGUCCCCUGCCAGCCCUUACCCCAUCAUUGACCUCACAGAUGAAGAUGUGAUACCCCAGAGCGUCAGUACCCCAUCGGUUGACUGGAGCCAGGACAGCCAUCAGGAGGGCAUGGAUACCACACAGGCAGAUGCAGAGAGCAGAGAUGGAGGCAACAUUGAGUAUCAGGUCUCGACUGACAAACUGUUGCUCAGCCAGUCCUGUAUCCUGGCCACCUUCUAUAAACUGGUUCCUUACAGGAAGUCUAUAUACUGUACUCUGGAGAAAGCCAGGGUGCGAGCUGGCAAGGCCUGCCCCAGCAGUCCUGGAGAGUCACUGGAGGACCAGCUGAAGCCCAUGCUGGAGUGGGCCCACGGUGGUUUCAAGCCCACUGGGAUCGAGGGCCUCAAACCCAACAACAAGCAACCAGAGAACAAAAGUCGAAGGCGCACAGCCAAUGACUCUGCUGCUUCUGAGUAUUCCCCCCCACCCAAGCGCCUCAAGACCAACAGCUAUGGUGGGAAGGACCGAGGGGAGGAUGAGGAGAGCCGAGAACGGAUGGCUUCUGAUGUCACCAACAACAAGGGCAAUCUGGAAGACCACUGUUUGUCCUGUGGUAGGAAAGACCCUGUGUCCUUCCACCCCCUCUUUGAGGGUGGGCUCUGUCAGAGUUGCCGGGAUCGCUUCCUAGAACUCUUCUACAUGUAUGACGAGGACGGCUAUCAGUCCUACUGCACCGUGUGCUGUGAGGGCCGUGAACUGCUGCUGUGCAGUAACACAAGCUGCUGCAGAUGCUUCUGUGUGGAGUGUCUGGAGGUGCUGGUGGGCGCAGGCACAGCUGAGGAUGCCAAGCUGCAGGAACCCUGGAGCUGCUAUAUGUGCCUCCCUCAGCGCUGCCAUGGGGUCCUCCGACGCAGGAAGGAUUGGAACAUGCGCCUGCAAGACUUCUUCACUACUGAUCCUGACCUGGAAGAAUUUGAGCCGCCCAAGUUGUACCCAGCAAUUCCUGCUGCCAAAAGGAGGCCCAUUAGAGUCCUGUCUCUGUUUGAUGGAAUUGCAACAGGGUACUUGGUGCUCAAGGAGUUGGGUAUUAAAGUGGAGAAGUACAUUGCCUCCGAAGUCUGUGCAGAGUCCAUCGCUGUGGGAACCGUUAAGCAUGAAGGCCAAAUCAAAUACGUGGAUGACAUCAGGAACAUUACAAAGGAACAUAUUGAUGAGUGGGGCCCGUUCGACCUGGUGAUUGGUGGAAGCCCCUGCAAUGAUCUUUCCUGUGUGAAUCCUGUCAGGAAAGGCCUGUUUGAGGGUACUGGCCGGCUCUUCUUUGAGUUUUACCGAUUGCUAAAUUACUCAUGCCCUAAGGAGGAGGAUGACCGCCCAUUCUUCUGGAUGUUUGAGAAUGUGGUAGCCAUGGAGGUCGGUGACAAGAGGGACAUCUCACGAUUCCUAGAGUGUAACCCAGUGAUGAUCGAUGCCAUCAAGGUGUCUGCUGCUCACAGGGCCCGGUACUUCUGGGGUAACCUACCCGGAAUGAACAGGCCCGUGAUGGCUUCAAAGAAUGAUAAGCUCGAGCUGCAGGACUGCCUGGAGUUCAGUAGGACAGCAAAGUUAAAGAAAGUGCAGACAAUAACCACCAAGUCGAACUCCAUCAGACAGGGGAAAAACCAGCUUCUCCCUGUAGUCAUGAAUGGCAAGGACGACGUUCUGUGGUGCACUGAGCUCGAAAGGAUCUUCGGCUUUCCUGAACACUACACAGACGUGUCCAACAUGGGCCGUGGCGCCCGUCAGAAGCUGCUGGGCAGGUCCUGGAGUGUGCCAGUUAUCAGACACCUGUUUGCCCCCUUGAAGGACCACUUUGCCUGUGAAUAG